UUAGGUACAGGUGUAUAGACUUAUUAAAUAGCUGCGAAUACAGUUAGUUUAGACUUGUUAAAUAGCUACCUUUUAUUCAUAGCUAAUACGCACAAUUAAUUAAUAUUACAUCGAAAAGCAUCUUUUCUCCACCUUAGUUUCAUUUCAUCUCCAAUUCCCAACUUCUAACCAUAACCAAAAAAGCACAAAAAAAAUGUCAAACCAUAAUGAAGAACUCACAAUUCCAUCAAUGGAGGACGAAGCCUACAAGAAUCUCCAUCUCGUCCGCAACCCGGACGGCUCCCUCACUCGACUCACCAAAUUCCCCGACGUGCCCGCGGUUCCCCGGGUCGACCCGGAUAGCUCCACCCCCGUCGCCCUCUCCCGAGAUGUGCCCCUCAACACCGCAAACAACACCUUCAUCCGCCUCUUCCGCCCCCGGAAAACCCCACCGGCGGCCAAACUCCCCCUCGUAAUCUAUUUCCACGGCGGCGGUUUUGUGCUGCUGAGCGCCGCCUCCGCCGUUUUCCACGACUCGUGCGCCAGCAUGGCGGCCCGGUUCCCGGCCCUCGUCGCCUCUGUCAACUACCGACUCGCCCCAGAGUACCGCCUUCCCGCGGCCUACGACGACGCGGUCGAGGCCAUCGCCUGGGUCGCCGGCGGCGGCGGCAGCGACCCGUGGGUGGCAGAGCUGGCGGACUUCUCGCGGGUGUUCCUGAUGGGGAGCAGCUCCGGCGGGAGCAUCGUCUACCACGCGGCUCUGCGGGCCGUUGAUAUGAACCUGGAGCCGAGGAUGAAAAUUGUGGGGCUGAUAAUGAACCAGCCAUUCUUCGGUGGCGUGCGGCGGACGGGGUCGGAGAUCGAGCGGGCGAGGGAUCCGAUUUUUCCCCUGCACGUGAUGGACCUGCUGUGGUCCCUGGCGCUGCCGGAGGGCGCCGACCGGGGACAUUGGUACUGCGACCCGUCGGCCGAGGGGCCGCACGUGGAGAGGAUCGGACGGCUGCCGGCGAGCGUGGUGAGGGGGUACGCGGCGGACAUACUGCUCGACAGGCAGAAGGAGUUCGCGGAGAUGCUGGCGGCGCGUGGGGUGCGCGUGGUGCGUCAGUUCGUGGAUAGCGGGUACCACGCGGUGGAGAUUUUCGAUCCGAAAUUCGCGGAUCAACUGUACGAGGAGUGUUUGUUCCAAGCUAAACAACCUCACAUAUUUAGAGGAACCACCUUGAGAGGCACGGCCUUCUUCACCGAGAUCCCAAACAUCUCCUCCAUUUCCAAAUCUUCCAAUUUUGCCCCUCCUUCAAUCCGCCACUUGAAACCCCCGACUAACCUCCCGACCUCCGCCGCCACCGACGAGAGCCCACACGCCGCCGCCGCCCACUCUGCCCUCAGCCGAGACGCCCAACUCGACCCGACCCGCAAGACAUGGGUUCGGGUCUACCGCCCCACCCGACUCCCCUCAAACGACACAUCCGUGGCUCGACUCCCAAUCGUGGUCUACUUCCACCCGGGCGGGUGGAUCCACAUGAGCAUCGCCAACACCAUGAUCCACGAGGAGAACAACCGUAUGUCGGCCGAGAUACCCGCCAUUGUGGUCGCUGUCGAGUUUCGACUCGCCCCGGAGAGCCGCCUCCCGGCGCAGUACGAGGACGCCGUGGAAGCCAUCACCUGGAUCAAGGACCAAUCGGUCGCUGGCCAAGAGGGCGGCGCCGGUCAGUGGAUCAGGGAUUACGGCGACUUUUCCAGGUGCUACCUUUACGGUGUGAGCUGCGGCGGGAACAUCGCCUUCAACGCGGCCCUCCGAAUCCAAGAGCUCGACCUUAAGCCAUUAACUAUCUCUGGCGUAAUCCUGAACCAGCCGCUUUUCGGGUCCAAGCAACGGACUAAAAGCGAGCUGAAAUCAGCCACUGACUCAUACUUCCCGCUGCCCGUGCAAGACCUUCUAUGGGAGCUGGCGCUGCCCGUCGGGACUGACCGCGACCACCGCUUCAGCAACCCGUUUUCAGACAAACCGACUCGAGAUAAGGUGAAGCGGUUCGGAAGGUUCCUAGUCAUCGGGUUCGGUGGGGACCCGUUGGUCGACCGCCAGCAAGCAUUUGUUCAGAUGCUCGUGGAGGAAGGAGUGCCGGUCGAGGCGCGGUUCGAUGAUGUCGGGUUUCACGGGAUAGAUAUGAUUGACGGCCGCCGAGCUUCGGCCAUACUUGGUUUUAUAAAGGAGUUUGUUUGAGUUUGAUUUGGUUUUUUGUUAUUAAUAUUUUAGAAUUACUAGUAUUAUUGUUGCUCGAUCGUGCAAAAUGCAUGCAUGAGUUUAUUUAGAAUAAAAGAUUUUUUUAUCAUCAAUUAAUUAGGUUAUCAAAUGUUGGUUUAGUUGUCAAGUCGGAGUUGAAGGAUAGAUUAUUAUACUCAUAUUUGAGGAAAGAUUGGAAAUCAUCAUCAAUUUAAGACUUAUUUUGUGUUUUAGCGGUCCAUGGCUCGAAAGAAUGGUCAACUAUCGAU